AUGGAGGACAAAAUAGAAGUGGAAGCUGGAGAAAAUCAAUUUGAACGUUAUUUAUACGCUUUACGGAAGGAGUUAGAACACCAAGACCCCAUAUUUAUUAUCGGGAUUAUUGUUUCUUUGGCUGUUGUUGUCAUCAGUUUUGGUAAGUUAGCUAGCUAACCUAGCUAGCUACCCUAAACUACUUCCAGUUCACGUUAGCUAGCUCUCUAGCUAGCCUCACAUCCUCGGGAACAGAGUGAAUGUAAAUCCGUAUUUAAGUUGUCGCUAGGCAGGCUUCAGCCUGCUAUCUUUCUGUGCUGUGAGAUUUUAUUUUAUCAAGACAAAAGAAGCCUGCUAACUAACAAUCUAAGGUUAGCUAGCUGGGGAAGUUAGUUAGCUUACUAGUUACCAACAGCUGUCACUAGCAUCUAUCUAGCUAACCUUACUGUACUAUGCUGUUUAUCAGGUGCUCGUCUGUUACAUGUUGUCAACUUUGUAUGGUAGCUAAAAUCAAACCGAAACAUCUAUGAUUGGUUUACAUUUUAGUGUUGUUUAAGUACUUCCUGAGCAGCAAAACUGUCCAAAGUGGUGUUCUGCUGGUUGGUCUCUGCGAUUCUGGAAAGACCCUUCUCUUUAGUCGAGUGAGUACUUCAUCAGUAUAACAUCUAGCAUGCCCAUUCCAACUAUUUGCAUAAGUUUACAGAUGGCAGAAGUUGUACGAAACUGAUGAUGUUCUUUAUUUCCAGUUGAUGUCAGGAAAGUUCAAGAAGACACAGACCUCCAUCACAUACAGCAGUGCCCCCUACAAAGCCAAGAACGAGAAGGUAAGGAGGCAACUACGGUAUGGUGGUGAGGGAGUGGGUUGAAGGAUCAGGAUCUGGAGCGAUUGUUUUAAAUUUUAUGACAAAUGCAUUUGUCAACUGUGUCACUCAACUGGCUUGACCGUCCCCUGUCCUUCCUCACUGUGUGCAGGGCAGCAGCUGGACUCUGAUCGACCUCCCUGGACAUGACAGUCUUCGUCCGAAGUAUGUGGAGAAGUUCAAGUCUGCAGCCAGGUGAGUAAAGAUGAGGGUGUUUGUAUUCAGGGAAGGUCUAUAAUAUGAAAAGCACUGUGGUUGACCUAAGAACAAGAUUCCGAAAGACACCCUUUCACUUCCUUUUGUUCUCUCCUCUCUUUGACUGCAGGGCCAUAGUCUUUGUGGUGGACAGUGCCAUCUUCCAAAAAGAAGUGAGAGACGUGGCAGAGUUCCUGUACUUCCUGUUGACUGACAGUGCAGUGUCCAGGAAUGUCCCCUCUCUGAUAGUGGCCUGCAACAAGCAAGGUGACACGACACAUUUUUUUAACCUUCCCGCUCCCUCCACAAAUACCCCCCCCCCAUCAUUACGUUAUGCGUGUUAAUUAUUUAGUGAUUUUAAAGCAGUUUAAUAUAUUUUUCCUCUCUAGAUAUCACCAUGGCAAAAUCUGCUAAACUGAUUCAGCAGCAGCUGGAGAAAGAGAUGUAAGUAGUCCUCCUUUUACCAACGACAACAACAACAUGAUUCUACAGAAUGGACUGAAUUGAAAUGGAAUUGAUCCCAACCUUUCCUGUUUCCCUCAGGAACACAUUGAGAGUGACACGGUCUGCGGCUCUGAGCGCCCAGGACGGGUCUACGGGGGCCAGCGUGCACCUGGGGAAGAAGGGCAAGGACUUUGAGUUCAGCCAGCUGCCCAUGAAGGUGGAGUUCCUGGAGUGCAGCGCCCGCGGCAGCAAGGGGGAGGACGGGGAGGCAGACAUCGCCAGCCUUGAGAAGAGCCUGGCCAAGCUGUGA